CUCGCUCGCUCUCUGGCACAAUGCCUCUCGCUCAGGUAAAGCCCGCCGCCGCGCAGCGCGGCACGGUGGAGCAGACGUACCAGAAGCUGACGCAGCGCGAGCACAUCCUGCAGCGCCCUGACACCUACGUCGGCUCGGUCGAGGCCGUCACCCAGGAUGGGUGGGUCUUCGACGCCGCCGCCGGCCGGAUGGCGCAGCGCAAGCUGACGUACGUGCCCGGCCUGUACAAGAUCUUCGACGAGAUCCUUGUCAACGCGGCGGACAACAAGCAGCGCGACACGUCCAUGUCCGAGAUCCGCGUCGAGAUCGACGCCGCCGCCGGCCGCAUCUCCGUGCAGAACAACGGCAAGGGCGUCCCGGUUGUCAUGCACCAGGAGCACGGCAUCUACGUGCCGGAGCUCAUCUUCGGGCACCUGCUCACCUCGUCCAACUACAACGACAACCAGAAGAAGGUGACCGGCGGCCGCAACGGCUACGGCGCCAAGCUCGCCAACAUCUUCUCCUCGGAGUUUGUCGUCGAGACCUCCGACUCGGCCGAGGGCAAGCGCUUCAAGAUGAAGUGGAGCGACAACAUGACGGCGCAGUCCAAGCCGGAGAUCAAGGCGGCGGCCAAGGAGGACUUCACCAAGAUCAGCUGGGUCCCCGACCUCGCCAAGUUUGGCAUGUCCGCCAUGGACGAGGACAUCGUCGCUCUGAUGGAGCGGCGCGCGUACGACAUGGCGGGCUGCACGCACUCGUCGGUCAAGGUGUACCUGAACGGGAAGAAGCUGCCGGUGGCGGACUUCAAGUCGUACGUCGACCUCUUCCUCGGGCCCAAGCAGGCGGCGGACGCCGUGCCGCGCGUCUUCGAGAAGGUUGGCGACCGGUGGGAGGUUGCGGUGGCCGCAUCCGAGGAUGGGUUUGCGCAGGUCUCCUUUGUCAACUCGAUCGCCACGAGCAAGGGAGGGACGCACGUCAACCACGUGGCGGACCAGGUGCUCAAGCCGAACCACGUCAAGGGGCACCUUCGCGUCUUCAUCAACUGCCUCAUCGAGAACCCCGCCUUCGACUCGCAGACCAAGGAGAACAUGACGCUGAAGCAGUCCGCCUUCGGCUCAAAGUGCCAGCCGUCGGACAAGUUCUUCAAGGACGCGCUCAACUGCGGCGUCCUCGAGUCGAUCCUCUCCUUCGCGCAGUCGAAGCAGUCCAAGGACCUCAAGAAGACGGACGGCACCAAGAAGUCGCGCCUGACGGGCAUCCCAAAGCUCGACGACGCCAACGAGGCGGGCGGCCGCAACGGCUCGAAGUGCACGCUCAUCAUCACCGAGGGUGACUCGGCCAAGGCGCUCGCCGUCGCGGGCCUGUCGAUUGUCGGGCGCGCGACCGCCUGCAAGGGGUGCGCCCGACACCCGCACACCGGCUGCCGGACGGUGGAUAGGCGCGACCACUACGGCGUCUUCCCGCUCCGCGGCAAGCUGCUCAACGUGCGCGACGCGGCGCACUCGACCAUCAUGGCCAACAAGGAGAUCUCUGAGCUCAAGCAGAUCCUCGGCCUGCAGCAGGGCAAGAGCUACGACGACGAGGCGUCGCUCAAGUCGCUGCGCUACGGCGAGCGGCGGGGCGGCGACUUGGCCGCCCCUCACCCGUUUCGCGCACCCCUCACCCCGUGCCCGCCGUGCGCAGGCAAGCUGAUGAUCAUGACGGACCAGGACCACGACGGCUCGCACAUCAAGGGCCUCGUGAUCAACUUCCUGCACUGCUACUGGCCCGCGCUGCUGCAGAAGCGCGCAGCCCCCGCGCGCUUCGUGACGCCCAUCGUCAAGGCGUCCAAGGGCCGGCAGGCGAUCGCCUUCUUCACGCUCAAGGAGUACGAGAACUGGCGCGAGGAGCAGGGCGCCGCCGCGAGCGGCUGGCAGAUCAAGUACUACAAGGGGCUCGGCACCUCCUCUGCGGCGGAGGCCAAGGCGUAUUUCUCCGACCUCGACCUGCACGAGCUCUCCUUCAAGUGGACGGGCGACGCCGACCGUGAGGGCAUCGUGCGCGCAUUCUCAAAGUCGAUGGCCGACGCGCGCAAGGAGUGGCUCCGCGGGUACGAUGCGGACGCGUAUGUCGACCACUCCCAGUCGCACCUCACGUACCACGACUUUGUCGACCGCGAGCUCAUCCACUUCUCGAACGCGGACAACAUGCGCUCCAUCCCGUCCUUCGAGGUCAAGGUGGCGCAGCUCGCCGGCUACGCCUACCACCACGGCGAGGCCUCUCUCGGUGGCACCAUCGUCGGCAUGGCGCAGACCUUCGUCGGCUCGAACAACAUUGCGCUGCUGCACGGCGCGGGCCAGUUUGGCACGCGGCUCAUGGGCGGCAAGGACGCCGCCUCGCCCCGUUACAUCUUUUGCAAGCUGCCGCAGCUGACGCGCCUCAUCUUCCACCCGCACGACGACGCCCUCCUCGAGUACCUCGAGGACGACGGCCAGCGCAUCGAGCCGCGCUACUACAUGCCGAUCCUCCCCAUGGUGCUCGUCAACGGCGCGGACGGCAUCGGCACCGGAUGGUCGUCCUCGGUGCCGAACUUCAACCCGCGCGACAUCGUCGCCAACCUCCGCCGGCUGAUGGCUGGCGAGGAGCCCGAGCCGAUGACGCCGUGGUACCGUGGCUUUGCCGGCACCGUCACGCCGGCGGACCAGAAGGGCUCGUACUCGACGUACGGCUCCAUCGCAAAGGCGGACGAGCGCACGCUCCGCAUCUCGGAGCUGCCGGUGCGCAAGUGGACGCAGGACUACAAGGAGACGGUCCUCGAGCCGAUGAUGAGCGACCGCGCCGACGGUGCCGCCAAGUCGGCCGAGCUCGCGGGCGCCCUCGCCGAGCUGCGCGAGAACCACACCGACACGACCGUCUCCUUCACGCUCAAGUUCGCCUCCGACGCGGCGGCGGCGGCGGCGAACAAGGUCGGGCUGCACAAGGCGCUCAAGCUGUCGUCGUCCAUCUCGACGUCCAACAUGACGCUCUUCGACGCGCAGGGGCGCAUCCAGAAGUACGAGGCGGUCGAGGCGGUGCUGCGCGACUUUUACGCGCUGCGCCUCUCGUUUUACGAGAAGCGGAAGCUGCAUUUGCAGGACAAGCUGACGGGCGAGUGGUCCAAGCUCGACAACCGGAUGCGUUUCGUGCUCGCCGUCAUCUCGGGCGAGCUCAAGAUCGCCAACCGCAAGAAGGCGGACCUCGUCGCCGAGCUCGCGCAGAAGGGGUAUGCGCCCUUCGAGCCGGCGCCAAAGCGCGCGGCCGCCGGCGACGACGGCGAGGAGGAGGCGGCGGGCGAGGCGGAAGGCGGCGCGUCGGCGUCGGCGCGCGGGUACGACUACCUGCUCUCGAUGCCGCUGUGGAGCCUCACGCGCGAGCGCGUCGAGCAGCUGCGCGGCGAGUGCACGGCCAAGGAGGCGGAGCUGCAGACGCUGCUCGCCACCUCGCCGCGCCAGCUGUGGGCGGCCGACCUCGACGCCUUCGAGGCGGGGCUCGCGGAGUGGGAGGCGGCGCUCGAGGCGCCCGCCGAGGGUGCGGCCGCCAAGGCGCGCAAGGGCGGCGCUAAGGGCGGCCGCAAGAAGAAGGCGUACGAUUCGGACGUCGCACCGCCGGCCGCGCCGCUCGUGCAGAAGGAGCGCAAGGCGGCGGCGGCGUCGCACGGCACGAACUGGUCCGCAAUGAUCGAGGACGCGCAGCCCGACAAGCCGGCGCGCAAGCUGGGCGCGGCCAAGCCCGCCGCCUCCAAGCCGGCGGCGGCCAAGCGGCCCGCAAAGAAGGCUGCCGCCGUCGCCGACAGCGACGAGGAGUCCGAGACGCCGUCGGUGGCACGCUCGGCGGCGAGUUUGUGGCAGCUCCACAGCAAGCGCGGCGUCGAGCCUAAUCGGUCUGGUCGGUCGGCCGCACUCACCGGGUGCCAGGGAGGCCCCUGUGCCAACUGCGGCGCGCACCGCCUGCUCAAGUACGCGCACCGCACCAUGUGUGCUCGCUACAAGUGCCAAAACGCAAAAGGCAGCAUCGGCGCCAGGCACGGCUUGCAGGCGGCGAUCGAGGCGGUGCUCGGCAUGCGCUUGUGCGACCCCGAUCAACUGAUCGGAAAGAAGCGGCGCAACAAGCUGACUGCUGCCGACACACUAUUUGCUACCUCACGCGAUGUGAGUUUGGAGAGGAUGAACACGACUCGGAAGCACCGGAAGACAGAGCAUGAGGCUGCGGAUAAAGCAAUCGUUGAGUUAGAGGAGGGAGAUGACGAGGCGUAG